GUUUAACGUGCAAUUCACGCGUGUACUUUUCGUUGAUUUUGAUAUGGGUCCGUUCAAUCAAACACAAAUUAAUGGGAAAUGUCUAACUUCAUAAUUUAAUAAUGUGCCUGUCGUUUCCAUAAAUUUCAAGUUGGGGCAUGUGUAUCUGUUUCUGGGUAUAGUUUAGUGUGUGUUGUGUGUGGAUAUUUAGUACUUAAUAGGGAUGUCACGAGAACCGAUACAGUACUUCGGUACCAAUCAAUCAAAUGUAUUUAUAAAGCCCCUUUUACAUCAAUAGUUGUCACAAAGUGCUUUUACAAAACACCUGGCCUCCAAGUCGAUGCCAACAUUCUGAAAACAUGACGGUACUCGUUGUUUUACCGGGGAUCCAAAACGUGACAGACAGAGGCAAGUGCAGCUGCCCCUCUGCCUCGACUCGUCGAAAAGAAAAACAGCGAACUUUGCGUUCGAGGCGGAUGAUCAGUUUCCCAUCAAGCUGACAGAAAUGGCCCAGCCCAAGAAGAGUCUGUCAGAGGCAUCUAAAUCAAAGGAGACUUUGAGGAAGACAUAUGGAGAAACUUCUGGGGCUAAAGGACGAAAUCCCCCCAAGACGUUACGGCAAAAGUUGGACAGGAAGACCAAGAUGAAAACAGUGAUCAAAUCCACAAGCGUUCUGAAGCAAAGUGGACCUGGAAGCAUCUUGCACUACAUUUACCAUAGCACCCUGGGGCAGAGCCUUCAUUCUCAGAUGAGACGGUGCCUCCAGGAGCCGUUGGUGCGCUCCCUGUCGUCGUAUAAGCUCCACCGUACGCUCAGCCCCUUCGACAGACGGGUCACAUGUCUGGAAUGGCACCCCACACGUCCCAACACCCUGGGGGUGGGAUCCAAAGGGGGUGACAUCAUCCUCUGGGACUUCAGCAUGCUCUCCCAGGCCUCCUUCAUACAAGGGAAAGGAGCAGGGGACUUCAUUGGGGGCAUGAAGUUCAGCCCAACAGACCCGUCCAAAGUCUUCCUGGCAUCUGGUGACGGCACAUUGACCUUGCAGAACUUCGAUGGCCAUCCACCCACGGUUCUGUCCAGGGUCCAGGACUGUGGUCAUGACCACCACAAUGUCUGCCUGUGGUAUUGCUGUGUGGAUGUGUCCCUGAGCAGACAGAUGCUGCUGGCAGGAGACAACAUGGGACGAGUUUCCCUUCUGGGCAUUGAUGGCCAGGAGAUCUUCAAUGAGAAGUUGCACAAGGCCAAAGUGACGCAUGGUGAAUUCAACCCACGCUGUGAUUGGCUUUUGGCGACAGCGUCUGUCGACCACACUGUCAAGCUUUGGGACUUGAGGAAGAUGAAGGACAAGAACAGCUACCUCCACGAGAUGAUGCACGACAAAGCUGUUAACUCAGCCUUUUUCAACCCAGUGGACUGUUCCAAGCUCCUGACCACAGACCAAUAUGACCAGAUCAGGGUGUACUCCUCAUCUGAUUGGUCGACGCCUCAGCAGAUCAUCCAGCACCCACACAGGCAGUUUCAGCACCUCACACCUAUCAAGGCCACCUGGCACCCCAUGUAUGACCUGAUCGUGGUUGGCCGCUACCCUGAUGAGAGGGUGUGUCCUGGUGACCUUCGGACCAUUGAUGUUUACGACGCCAAUACAGGCGAAGUGGCCUGCCAGCUGCUGGACCACAAUGCAACUGGCAUCGUGUCUGUCAACAAGUUCAGUCCGAUGGGUGAUGUGUUGGGGUCUGGAAUGGGAGUGAAUAUUCUAGUGUGGAACAGAGAGGAAACAUUGGGUCAUAAGCAGCUGGCAGGACAGGCCCAACAGGAAGACGUUCAGCCUGGCAGAGGGAGAGGGAGAGGGAGAGCCAGCUCCAGAAGCCAGCACAGAAGAAUGGGUGGGGCCGGCAGAGGGGAGAGGCAGGGGGAGGAUGAGGACAACAUUGGGAAACUGAAGAAGAAGCUGGCUUUCCUGGAAGAGUCGUCCUCCUCAGGGACCCGGGCCAGAGCAGCGCCCUCCAGGGGUGGUAAUGAUGACAGCAAGACACGGAAGGGCAAAAAGAAAUGAUCCGGGUAGAUGUGGGAUGUUGUUUGUGAUGCCAGAAUUGUUACUGCAUGCCCAUGACAGGGUUGUACAGAGGUGCCUUUUGUAAAUGUACGUAUGUACACACUGUAGCAGUUACAGGGAAUCUUGUUGUGGUUCAAAUCAGGUUUUUUAUUGAAGCAUUAUAAUGAAUGUCAGUGGUUAUACUGUACAGGGACACCGCAUAGACACGUUAUAAUGUAUGUCAGUGGUUAUACUGUACAGGGACACCGCAUAGACACGUUAUAAUGUAUGUCAGUGGUUAUACUGUACAGGGACACCGCAUAGACACGUUAUAAUGUAUGUCAGUGGUUAUACUGUACAGGGACACCACAUAGACACAUAUAAUGUAUGUCAGUGGUUAUACUCUA